UUUUCAUCAACAAGAACUGAUUGGCAUCUCUCUCUUUCUCCUGCUUGGAAACAACAGAGUUAGCUAGCGUGUUAUUAUAAUUUGUAUUGCCUAACUAUUUCGAUCCACUAUAUAUAUGCGUAACUGAUGUGCGUUGAGAUCUCUCCGUGCGCUGAGAUCAAUGGAGUCUGGUGAUGCCUGCAACACGAUGCUUGCUCUCGGGCUAGGGUUUCGGUAUGAACUUCUUUCGAGUGGACAGAGAUCAGAGAAUCAGCACAGAACGCUGCGCGAUCGAGAUGACGAUGAGCGACUGCUGCCAUCACUCUCGUUAGGCUUAUCAGAGGCGGCUUAUCAAUCAGCUUCGAAGAUUGUCGGCAUAGGGAUGACGGACAAAUAUGCUCCAGGUGAACCAACAACAUUAAUAGAUUUGACUCGAGAGGCUUCAUCGCAUUUGAACUGUUCGAGUACCAUGAAGAGAUCUGGAGAGAGGGACCUGCAAGAGGCUGCCGAACUAGAGAAGAAGUCGAUGAUGAUGAUGAUCAGUGAUGAAGACGAAGAUUGCAGCACUGCGAGGAAGAAGCUCAGGCUGUCCAAAGAGCAGAUCUCCAUCUUAGAAGGCAGCUUCAAAGCCCACUCUACUCUCAAUCCGGAACAAAAGGAAGAUUUGGCAAGACAACUUAGCCUCCGGCCACGUCAAGUUGAAGUAUGGUUCCAAAAUAGAAGAGCAAGGAUCAAGCUGAAGCAAAUCGAAGUGGACUGCGAGUCACUCAAGAGGCGGUGUGAAGCACUGAGAGAAGAGAAUAGGAGGUUGCAGGAGGAAGUGCAGGAGCUCAAAUCCCAAACACCGGCGGCCACAAUGCCGCUCCUGAUGCAAAUCCCAUCGACCACCCUUCCCGUUAUGUGCCCUUCAUGCGAGAGGAUCGGGACUAGAUCUGACGAUCGCUUGCCCACAAGAUUCUUCUCUAGCAGCGUAACGAAAUCUCGACUUUGUGACAUUCAUUUUUCUAAUCCAUCCGCAGCUUGUUAGUUAAUUCAACUUGUAGUACUUCUAAAGAAACACUGAUCAUGAGGCAUGUACAUCAACUAGCUAUCAGUUGUGCUUUGUAGCUUCAUCAUGAUAUAUAGAGAGUUUGAAUUGAUGAUGAUCCUUUGUGCAAAACGUUAAAAAGAAGAAGGGAAAAGAAAAAGAAAAGUGAAGGUGUACAUUUUUGUAGAGAAGUAUGAGGAGGGGAUUUGCUUUCUUAUGCGUAUAUAUUGGAAAAUUCUACUA